AGACUGCUCCGGCAGCCGGAGGAAAGGCAUCUCAGUGGUGGCGCUGCGGAGACCGAGUCCAGACGCCAGGCGGCCGCCGGCGCGCACGGCGUUUUCUAGCUCCCUCCCCCGAGUACACAGCCCGCCUCCUUCCGCGGCGCCUGCAGCCGCAGGCUCGCUCUCCCUCCCGAGACUCACUCCAGGAGACACUCCGCGGGUCGCGGGCACAGUCUGUGGCGUGCGGAUCGUGAGGCCGAGGCCGACCGCCAGUGGUAGCCGGCUCCCGAGCCAGCGUCCCGGGCACGGUCCUCUCCUCGGCAGGCGCCCCAUGCGCGCUCCUUUCGCCCAGGCAGUCGCCGCCGCUCCCCGGGGCUGAGACGUCCGCUUCUUCGCCUCCCCUCCGAGGUGACCGAGGCGAGAACCCAGCUGGUUGUGCGCUGUGGCCAGUCGCCACUGCUGCGUAGAAACAAAAUGUCAGUCAGUGUGCAUGAGAACCGGAAGUCCAGGGCCAGCAGUGGCUCCAUUAACAUCUAUCUGUUUCACAAGUCUUCCUACGCUGACAGCGUCCUCACUCACUUAAACCUUCUACGGCAGCAGCGCCUCUUCACCGAUGUCCUUCUCCAUGCGGGAAAUAGGACCUUCCCCUGUCACCGGGCAGUGCUGGCUGCAUGCAGCCGCUACUUUGAAGCCAUGUUCAGUGGUGGCCUGAAAGAGAGCCAGGACAGCGAAGUCAACUUCGACAACUCCAUCCACCCAGAAGUCUUGGAGCUGCUUCUUGACUACGCGUACUCCUCCCGGGUCAUCAUCAAUGAAGAAAAUGCAGAAUCACUGCUGGAAGCUGGCGACAUGCUGGAGUUUCAAGACAUCCGGGAUGCCUGUGCCGAAUUCCUGGAAAAGAACCUGCAUCCCACUAACUGCCUGGGCAUGUUGCUGCUGUCCGAUGCUCACCAGUGCACCAAGCUGUACGAACUCUCCUGGAGAAUGUGUCUUAGCAAUUUCCAAACCAUCAGGAAGAACGAAGAUUUCCUCCAGCUGCCUCAGGACAUGGUGGUGCAGCUCUUGUCCAGCGAAGAGCUGGAGACAGAAGAUGAAAGGCUCGUGUACGAGUCUGCAAUUAACUGGAUCAGCUAUGACCUGAAGAAGCGCUACUGCUACCUCCCAGAGCUGUUGCAGACAGUGAGGCUGGCUCUCCUGCCAGCCAUCUAUCUCAUGGAGAAUGUGGCCAUGGAGGAACUCAUUACCAAGCAGAGAAAGAGCAAGGAGAUUGUGGAAGAGGCCAUCAGGUGCAAACUGAAAAUCCUGCAGAAUGACGGUGUGGUAACCAGCCUCUGUGCCCGGCCUCGGAAAACUGGCCAUGCCCUCUUCCUCUUGGGAGGGCAGACUUUCAUGUGUGACAAGCUGUAUCUGGUAGACCAGAAGGCCAAAGAAAUCAUUCCCAAGGCUGAUAUCCCCAGCCCAAGAAAAGAGUUCAGUGCAUGUGCCAUUGGCUGCAAAGUGUACAUUACUGGGGGGCGGGGGUCUGAAAAUGGAGUCUCAAAAGAUGUCUGGGUUUAUGAUACCCUGCAUGAGGAGUGGUCCAAAGCUGCCCCCAUGCUGGUGGCCAGGUUUGGCCAUGGCUCUGCUGAACUGAAGCACUGCCUUUAUGUAGUAGGGGGGCACACGGCUGCAACUGGCUGCCUCCCGGCCUCCCCCUCAGUGUCUCUAAAGCAAGUAGAACAUUAUGACCCCACAACCAACAAAUGGACCAUGGUGGCCCCACUCCGAGAAGGUGUUAGCAAUGCCGCAGUAGUGAGUGCCAAACUCAAGCUGUUUGCUUUCGGAGGUACCAGCGUCAGUCACGACAAGCUCCCCAAGGUUCAGUGUUACGAUCAGUGUGAAAACAGGUGGACAGUACCGGCCACCUGUCCCCAGCCCUGGCGUUACACAGCAGCAGCUGUGCUGGGGAACCAGAUUUUUAUUAUGGGGGGAGACACAGAGUUCUCUGCCUGCUCUGCUUAUAAAUUCAACAGUGAGACUUACCAGUGGACCAAGGUGGGAGAUGUGACGGCAAAGCGCAUGAGUUGUCACGCUGUGGCCUCCGGAAACAAACUCUACGUGGUUGGAGGAUACUUUGGCAUUCAGCGGUGCAAAACUUUGGAUUGCUACGAUCCAACGUUAGAUGUGUGGAACAGCAUAACCACCGUCCCGUACUCCCUGAUCCCUACUGCAUUUGUCAGCACCUGGAAACAUCUGCCUUCUUAAACUCACUGCAUCCUAGAGAAAGUGAGCAUGAGAGAUUUUGGGGCUACUAUCAAAAAUCUUUUUCUUCUGUUUUAGCUCACUCCGUUCAGUGACACAAGAUGCGAUUUCUACUUUGGAGAGGCCAAAUUUAAUGAAGAGAAAGAAAAGAAAAAGGAAAAGAAGUUGCUGUGAGACUGAGAUUGUACGAUCAGCUGCACCUUGUAAAUGCUCUGACUGGACAUGAAGGAAAGGGGUGGGGGAGGGGUGGGAUUUUCUGUGCAAGUACACAUGGUUUAAAUAUGAAUGAGUGAACCUGGGAUCUAGUUCUUGUCUUGUAAUUGUGGAUUAAUGUCAGCGUUAAUCAGCCCCUCAAAGGGAGAGAAAAGCUGCGCCUUUCCCCUUGCUGUACCAUAUUCAGCAUUUGAUUUCCAUGGGCUCCACCAUUUAUGUGUAAAAUUUGAAAUGGUUGUCACCUCUCUCUGAGGAGCAAGCCUGAAGCCUCCACACCAGCUGCUUUUGGAGAUUGAAAGCCCAACUGUGGGGCUAGGAGGGAAGCUGGCAGUGCAGGCUGCAGAGCCAGGGCCACUGGACUCUGCUCAUCUCGGAGGGGUUGUGCUCCCCAGGAGGGUUUCUGAACAAUGGGGACAUUGUUGGGAGCCGUUUGGUAGAUGUUCUUUUCUAUUUAUAAGUGACUUUAAACUUUCCCUUGGCUGUUAAGAAAUUUGUUAUAGACUUAGCUAUUUAUUGUUGGAUGCCUGCAUGCUGAAACAAUGCUUAGAGUUGUCUUCACGUGUAUGGAUGUGUGUGAAUGGUUGUAUGUUUUGCACAAUUUUGUGGUUGUUGUGAUGUGCUUUGCUGCACAAAAAUGAAAACUUUGGAGUUACAAUUUGGAAUAUAACUGGAGGGUGGGUUGGGAAGGGAGGGAUUUUGUAAAUGUCAAGACAGGGAAAGAUUACAAAACAGAAAUUUAAACGAACAUCCUAGAGGUAGAGAAAGCAUGGAGGUCACUUUUCUUAGACUCACCAACUUUUAAUCGGGUUUCAUGGGCUCCGAUCAUGCUGAUGGCUCAUGGGGUGAGGGAAGGCGUCUUUCUGCCCCUCUCCUUCCAUCUUAUUCACCUCCGUCAGUCUCAGCUACUGAAAUUUACAAAGGACCAAAUCGCUUUGCCAUUUUUUUUUCUUUGUGUAAUAUCCUGAAAUCCUGGAAAGUUCUAUGGAAUAGUUCUGUAUAUAGAGCACAGGUAAAAGCAUAGUCCAAAGUUUAUUUAUUUAUCUAUUUAUUACCUUGUGAAUGCUUUGCCAUAACCACGGUUAACAGAAAAAAAAAAAAAAAAACAGAAAAAAAAAACUAUCAUAGAUAUAAAUGAAGUCACUCGCCAGAUUUGCUUGAACCAGAUUCAUUGUUCUCUAUUCUUGCUGUACAAUUUAGCAAGCAUGACAAGUUCUCCAAGACAAUAAUCACGUUGGUACAAUGUAUACUUUAGUGCUCACCCAUAGGUAAGUCUCUAAAAGAAGUCUUUGGUGCACAAAAGUGAUACAUUUGGCCACAAGACACCAAAGAAUUGUAAGCAGUGGCCCCUGUUGAAGUUUUUCGGGAUAGUCGGGAAUCGGUUGUGAAUACAUUCUUUGCUAGUUUGCGUGCUUGUUUACUAAACACGUGCUGUGGUAGGUGUUAGUACUAGACUCAAAUAGGUGCUUCCUCCGGUGUCUGGGGAAGACCAGAGUUUGCAACUCUCGCACUGCUCUCAUUGAUGUAUCUCACUCACAUUACUGUACUUUAGAAAAUAGGGUUUAAGACUGAUGACAACCUUUUUUACAUUGUGACUGUGCUUGCAUUGUCUAAUGGCAGAUAAAUCCUUAACAUUUCUCUCCACCUGAAAACUUCAGGCUAAUUGUACAUGUCCCGUCUGUGCCAUGAAUAAGGGGCCUAUAGUUGGACCCAAAUAAAUGAGCCGUUGGAAUAAAAGAAUCACAAUACUUUCUAGCAGUCAGUCUUUCACUCCUAGAUGUGUCCUAAGCAAUGCAAAUGUGUAAUUGUAUUCUGGCGGCAUAGUUAGGUGUUGUUAUAUUGUAGCAGUUACAGCUCGGUAGUUUAUGAUGCAAAUCUGUGGAGAUGUGUGUGCCACUGCAUGGCUUCUGAAAAGCAGGAUGAAUUUUCUGCAGCUGUUUCGAAGUUGUGGUCUGUCCUUGAAUCCUCUAUUAAUUACUAUGUGUGAGCCAGAGGGAGCUGUGGUCAGGGUGGGCCCCCAGCCUGCAGGGAACUUUCUGGACUCCCCCUCUUUGAAUUGAUGUAAGCAUUUGCGCUCACUACUUGACCAUUCUCACCCUGUGAAAUGUCUCACACUUUGAAGCAAAUACAAUUCACAGCACAGUGCACACAAAAACCUUGGCAUAAGACAGAGAAGGUUCUUCUUAUUCUGUGGACUGGUUGCUGUGGAAACGGAUAACAAAGGGCAGCCUUCCACUUCUGGUAUAAUUGUGUAGCCCCCUUUUCUCUGGGCCUGACACCUGUCUGAAUAAGAGUGAUUAGAGCUGAAUAAUAUCCCUCUCUUAGCUAUUGAAUAUGUGGUUCACGUACAGAACUCGGUGUAAGUUGAAGAAGUGUUCAUGCUCAUAUGUACUUGUUUCUUACUACUACAUUUUCGAGGUUUUGUAAAACUUAUUUUUUUUUUCACAAUGUGAAACUGAAGGUCAAAUAAAUUAUUAGAGAUUUUCUCUUC